AAGACCCUUCACUCUCAUAAUGCCUCCGUCCACCCAGAAGUGUGUAUGGGUACCGGUGAAUUUAUUCUGGAGGGGAUACUCUGUCACGGACUAGCAUGCACAUCGAAGGGGAUAAGAAAUACAACUAGCAAUUUCCUAGCUCAGAUUUUUACAAACCAGUUAUGCAUCUUGGACGGUACCGUUGUCUUUGUGCAUAACUUAUUGACUUGUACUUGUGCCCUUUUCAAGGAAUAACCUCGUGGAUAAAAUAAUCUACAUGCUGGAAGAGCACUCACUCAAUUUGGAAAAACUUGUGGAGAAACGAACGGAACAGUGGAUUGAAGAAAAGAAGAGGACAGAGGAACUGCUUCACAGCAUGCUUCCAAAGAGUGUUGCUGAUCAGUUAAAGAGUGGACGACCGGUGGAAGCUGAAAACUUUGACGAGGUGACGGUUUUCUUCAGUGACAUCGUGGGAUUCACAGCACUCUCAUCAGAAAGUACUCCAUUACAGAUUGUGACUUUGCUGAAUGACCUCUAUACCACGUUUGAUGCUAUACUUCAGGGAUAUGAUGUUUAUAAGGUUGAGACGAUUGGCGACGCAUACAUGGUAGUCUCUGGUCUACCAAUCAGAAACGGGCAUCAACACGCCGAGGAAAUAGCAUGCAUGGCGCUUCAUCUUCUGCAAUCUGUGGAGAAGUUUAAAAUACGGCACCGUCCUGACGAGAAGCUAAAGCUGAGAAUUGGCAUCCAUAGCGGUCCCGUAUGUGCAGGCGUUGUUGGCUUGAAAAUGCCUCGUUACUGUCUGUUUGGUGAUACAGUUAACACUGCUUCAAGAAUGGAAUCUAACGGAGAAGGUUCGUAGAUCAAGAUAUAUGUUUAUCUCUUUCAGCGAUGAGCUAAAAUUUCUCCGAACCAAUCGAUCCAUCUUUAAACAGACUCGUGACGAGAAGGAAAAGUUAUUAACUAGGUGGUAAAGUUUUGAUCUGCCACGAAUUCUAAGAAAUGAUUGUUCAACCAAUGUUAGGGAGAAAAAAUAUUUUAAGCACG